AUGUUCAAAUAUUCCAGUUUGAUCAGUAGAUGUGCGAAGAAUGUGCAGAAGUGUAAUUUACGUUCUCUUAGUUUUCGAAGCAUUAAACAACUUCUUUCGAUAUAUUUUCGAGAAACAGUCGAAACUGCAAAACCUCCUUAUGAUCACAUUUGUCAAGUUGGUAAUCCUAUUUUGCGACAGAAAGCGUCACCUGUCGACACAAAAGAGAUACAUACGGUAGAAUUUCAAAAGGUACUCGAUCAUUUAUAUAAAAUAUUGAAAAAAUCUGAUACAGUAGGAUUAGCGGCCCCACAAAUCGGUUUAUCCUGGCAAGUAUUUGCUAUCGAAGUAACGGAAGACUAUGUGAAAGAGAUUCAUCCAAUCGUACGAUCACAUUGUCAAAUUCAUCCUUUUCCGUUGACAUAUUUCAUUAAUCCAGAAAUGCAGAUAAUAAAUCCCGAAGAACUGAUAUUUUAUGAAACAUGCGGAAGCGUCGAGCAUUUUCAUGCAGAAGUACCAAGGCCGAAAGAAAUUCAGAUCAAAGCACUUGAUCGAUUUGGAAAACCAUUUUGUUGGAAAGCAAAUGGUUGGUUAGCUAGGAUCGCUCACCACGAAAUGGAUCAUUUAAAAGGCUUAAUAUACACUGAUAGAAUGUUUCCGCUUACGUUCGACUAUAUAGAAUGGGACGAAGAAAAUUGCACUAAUGUAAAAAAAGAUACUGUAAAAGUUAAGUAUUCUGUAGAAUAGCUUUUAUAAUGUGUACACGAAUUUAUAUUGUUAGAUAUAAUCUGUUAACAAGUUAAAUUGAAAUGUAGUAUGAUAAUGUAUAAAAUACUGUGGUUUUGAAAACUUUUUGAAAUUA